GUGGAGGCGACUGCAGUGAGGGAACAGGUUGCCAAGAAGAAACAGACAGCCAGAAACACAAAGAGAAGAAGUCUGAAGUAUAUCUAAUUAGGGACAAUCAUCGAACAGGAUAUGUAUCUCUUGUGUUUUUUCUAUGGAUUAUAAUUUAUUUUUUCCAACUCCGCUUAAGGGUGCUUUCAGUUCUCUGGCGAUACUUCAUUGGAAUGUGCGCUGUAGCUUCACUUGGACGAAUCGAAAAAAGCAACAGAGCUAAUCUUAAAAAAAAAAAAAUUAUAUAUAUAUAUACAUAUAUUAUAAAUAAUUUAAAUUCCUUUAAAAAAUGAACUGUCUCUCUUUUAAUCAGACAGAGUUGUCCGGACCUCUUGUAUAUUUUUAGAGACUUUUACGCAUUCUGGAGACUUUUACCCCCGACUAAAAUGGGUGAUGGAAAUUGACAUUUUGUUCAUUAAAAGAAGAAAAUAAGAUUUAUGACAUUUUUACCCAAGUGCACUUGUUUUCCCGGCAAUGAUUGUGCUUUUGAUUGUCCUGUGCAUCACGGAUGGAGUGUUCUCUCAGAUACGUUACUCUGUCCCGGAGGAGGCGGACCAUGGCACACUGGUGGGAAAUAUUGCCGAGGACCUGGGGCUGGACCUCACCAAGCUGGCCUCCCGCCGCUUUCAAGUGGUGCCCAGUUCUCGGACACCCUACCUGGAGGUGAACCUGGAGAACGGCGUCCUGUUUGUUAACGAGAAAAUCGACCGGGAGCAGAUCUGCAGGCAGAGUGCCAGCUGUCAGCUCAAUAUGGAGGUGUUCUUGGAGAAUCCUUUAGAGUUGUUUCGGGUUGAAAUCGAGGUGGUGGACAUUAACGAUAAUCCACCCAGCUUCCCGGAGACAGAUAUCACGGUGGAGAUCUCGGAGAGCGCCACUCCGGGCACCCGUUUCCCCUUGGAGAGCGCGUUCGACCCGGAUGUUGGCUCAAACGCUUUACGCACAUAUGAUAUCACUACUAACAACUAUUUUUACUUGGAUGUGCAGACCCAAACGGACGGAAACAAGUUCGCGGAGCUUGUCUUGGAGAAGCCGCUGGACCGGGAGCAGCAGGCGGCGCACAGGUACGUGCUAACCGCGGUGGACGGUGGUCAGCCUCCCCGGACUGGCACCGCGCUGCUGGUAGUUAAAGUCUUGGACUCUAAUGAUAACGUGCCAGUGUUUGACCAGCCUGUGUACACGGUAAGCCUCUCGGAGAACGCACCGCUUGGCACACUGGUCAUACAGUUGAACGCUACCGACCUGGAUGAGGGACUAAAUGGGGAAAUAGUUUAUUCCUUCAGCAAUCACAUCUCCAGCCGCGUCAAAGACCUGUUCAGUAUAGAUCCGCGCACCGGGCGCAUUGAGGUGCGCGGAGAGGUGGAUUUCGAAGAGAGCAGUCUGUAUCAGAUCUUUGUUCAGGCCAAGGACCUGGGACCAAAUGCCGUGCCCGCGCACUGCAAAGUGCUCGUCAAAGUCACCGACGUGAACGACAACGCACCAGAAAUCACUUUCAGCACUGUCACAGAGUCGGUAAGCGAAAAAGCGGCACCUGGCACCGUGAUCGCACUGCUGAGUGUGACGGACCGGGACGCAGAGGAGAAUGGACAGAUCCACGUGGAAAUCCUCGGUGAUGUUCCGUUUAAACUGAAAUCGUCCUUUAGAAAUUAUUUCACUAUAGUCACCGACGGGCCGCUGAACCGCGAACAGGCGGACUCCUACUCCGUUACUGUGGUUGCGCGGGAUAAAGGAACACCGUCACUCGCCACCAGUAAGUCCAUCCGAGUCCAGGUGUCAGAUGAGAACGACAAUGCACCCACAUUUACGCAGCCCAUAUAUGAUGUAUAUGUGACGGAGAACAAUGUCCCAGGGGCGUACAUACAUGCUGUGACGGCUCUGGACCCGGACAUUGGGCAGAAUGCCGUCAUCAGCUACUCCAUAUUAGAGUGUGACAUCCAGGGCAUGUCAGUCAAAACCUAUGUGUCGAUCAACGAGGAGACAGGCUAUCUAUAUGCACUCAGAUCUUUUGAUUAUGAACAGCUGAAGGAUUUCACAUUCAUGGUCAAGGCCAAAGACGCAGGGACGCCAGAGCUCUCCUCCAAUGCCACUGUCAAAGUCAUCAUUGUGGACCAGAAUGACAAUGUCCCGCUAGUGCUGGCUCCCCUGGGAAAGAAUGGCACAGCCAAGGAGCCCCUGCCCCGCUCUGCUGAGCCAGGCUACCUGGUGACACGUGUUGUGGCCAUGGAUGCCGAUGAUGGAGAGAAUGCACGUCUGUCCUACAGCAUCCAGAGGGGAAAUGAAAAUGGCAUGUUCCGGAUGGAUUGGAGAACGGGUGAACUCAGGACUGCUAGGCGGGCAUCCGCCAAGCGAGACCUCCAUCAGCUGUACGACCUGUUGAUUGAGGUGAGAGACCACGGCCAGCCGCCUCUGUCCUCCAGUGCCAGUGUGCUGGUGAUGCUGGUGGACAGUGUGGCUGAAGGUCGCAGCAGUGGGGAAAAAGGUGGCACCUCCAAGGCCAAAGACAGCACCCUGGACCUCACUCUCAUCCUUAUUAUCGCCCUGGGUUCAGUCUCCUUCAUCUUCCUCCUGGUCAUGAUUGUGCUGGCUGUGCGCUGUCAGAAGGACAAAAAGCUCAACAUAUAUACUUGCUUGACCAGUGACUGCUGUCUCGGUUGCAGCUCCUGCUGCUCACGGCAGGGCAGGGCCCGCAAGAAAAAGCUCAGCAAGUCGGAUAUCAUGCUGGUGCAAAGUGCUGUUAAUGUCAGUGGGGCUGGUACAGCUCAAGUCCCUGUGGAGGAGUCUGGGAGCUUUGGCUCCCACCACCAAAACCAGAAUUAUUGCUACCAGGUAUGUCUCACUCCAGAGUCUGCCAAAACUGACCUCAUGUUCCUAAAGCCAUGUAGUCCUUCUAGGAGCACAGACACCGAUCACAACCCGUGUGGGGCCAUAGUGACAGGGUACACAGACCAGCAGCCUGACAUCAUAUCAAAUGGCAGCAUUUUAUCAAAUGAGACCAAACACCAGCGAGCUGAACUGAGCUACCUGGUUGACAGACCGAGACGUGUUAACAGUUCGGCCUUCCAAGAAGCAGAUCUGGUCAGUUCCAAAGACAGUGGCCACGGAGACAGCGAGCAGGGAGACAGCGACCAUGACGCCACAAAUCGAGGCCAUUCCUCCGGUGCUGAUCUUUUCUCUAACUGCACAGAGGAGUGUAAGGCUCUGGGCCACUCUGAUCGCUGCUGGAUGCCGAGCUUCAUGCCCUCCGACAGGGGCCAGGGCCCGGACUACCGCAGCAACCUCCACGUGCCUGGCAUGGACUCAGUCCCCGACACAGAGGUAUUUGAAAGCCCAGAGCAAACGGCUGAUAGGUCAUUCUCCACCUUUGGCAAAGAGACGCCUCUCAGUUACCAACACCUCCACCACCACGAAAACCAGCACCUUCUCCAAAACCAUCACCUCAGCCACCACCACGGCUCCUUAGAGAGGAAAGAGUUGGAAGCAUUUCUGCCUAGCUCUAGAGCACCUUAUAACCCAGCUUAUUUAACGAGGAAAAGGGUUUGCUAGCUCCUUUCGCAUGGACAUGCCAGAGACUGCGUGACUUUGCACAAUUGUUCCCUGACAGCCAAGGGUAAAAACAAAUCAAGUUUUCUGCCCAUCUUGUCCUCCACUGCCCUCAUCCCUCCUCGCCCAGCAAAAAAAUAAAAUAAAGUUUCACAUGACUGUAGACAAAAUGAGGAAGAAACCCCUGAAGAAACAAAAUGUUCCGUCAUCUUUUGAACUGCUUGGAGCACUGCCGGGUUAUGGAGGCUCCCCACUUUCUGGAUUAAGAGAGUCAGAUGCAGAGGGAGGGUGUGGGGGGAUGGAUGGGUGUAUGCAGGUAGAUGAAUAGCCCUAGUGGAAGAUCCCCAUUGUCUCAGCAGGACUGAGAAGCUAACAGAGGAGGAACGACGGCGAUGGAAGAGGGACAACCCUGGACGCUGAUCUCUUCAUCUUUUUUUCAAUCUGUGUGUGCCUGUUUACAGCACUGAUGUAUACAUCUUUGAGGAAAAUUAAAAACCAGAUAAGGACUGCAGAUGAACUAUGAAAGGCAAACCCAAACGAGAGCCACCCAGAGAAACCGCCACUCAGCCCUUUAGGCGUUUGUACUCACUGACAGACAGAGAGAGAGACGCCAAAUUGUACAGGAGAAUCUUUGUGCAUUUCAAAUGCAAUACCACUGUUUUAGAUUUUUCUAUUCUGUUUGUGUGGUCAGGUGUCUCUAUUCUGAUCUAUUUCUAACUUUGUAAGAAAAGAUUUUGGGCAGAUUUUCUUCAGUUUGUUAUUUUUAAUUCUUUUCUUUUCAAGUUUUUUUUUUUUCUUUUUAACUUUAGCUUUGGUUGUGGGCUUGGACAGUGUUUGGCCUACAUUUUUCUGAUUCUGAUGCGUCAAGUAGUUUCUGUCAUGUGUGAGAAGUGUUUAUUGUACUCUUUUAAAAGUUUGAAGCUGAAUAUAAACCUCUCUAUAUAAAUCUAUCUAUAUCUAUUUGUUCUGAAGGUGCGCUGCUUGUUGGAUGCUUUCUGAUUCAGAGGUCUGACAUGUUUAGUGCCCCU